UUUGGCACAAAUAUUUACUGACGGGACCAGUCAUACUUGACCUGUCAUGAUCUGUCCGAAAGGUACCUGCAAUCUCCUCCGGCCAGGUACCUGAUGAUGCCCCAGAUAGACGCAUAAGUAGAGCAAUCAAAUCUCUAGGGUUAUCAUUCGGCAGAGUGACGCCAAGGCGAAAGGAGCUCACAUACUUUCACCCCGGCAUUAUCUUAUUCGAAAAAAAUCGACGCGAUGGAGCACGACAAAUUUUUGAAGCCCACUGUCACCUAUCAUCUGUUCAUGUACCGCGUCGAACUGGCACGGCGCAAUGCCCGACAGCUGCGGCUUUCCCGGACCAAGAUCGAGAUCACGGAUGAGCUCAUAUCCAAAACCGUUCGCAAUAUCAAGACGUGCAGCAUGGACGACUUGAAGGCGGUCAACCGGGAGCUGAUGUUCAAGCGGAAACUGCGGAACAACGUCUCCAAGCUGAAGAAGGAGGCCAAGCGGCAAAGUCAGGCGAGCCAGCAGACGGAGGAGCAGAGUGCCUCCAAACAGGAUUAGAGAAUCAAUCAGACCGCUUUGAUUUAUUGUACAUAUACCCACUUGUAAAUAAAUACUUUUGAUAAGACUUUUGCAUUGAAA